GUAGCUGCCGCGGGGCAGCGGGCCACAGGCUCCUCUGCGAGCCCCCGGACCAUCCAUGGGGGCUUCUGCGAGCAGCACUGCCGCCGGCCGGCGCUGCUCCAGCUUCCUCUCUUCCUCCUCCAGCCGGUACGCCAGAGGACCCCGAGCCGCAAUGAUCACCCACUCCUUCUUCCUGCUUAUCUUCCUUAGCACCACUCCUGCUCAGCCCAAGCAGCUGACUUCUGAACAGGAUGCCAUGAAUCACUUUGGCACAUAUCUCCAUUUUGACUCUGCCACUGGCCACUGGCUUACCUGUGACAAGUGUCCAGCUGGAAACUUUGUGUCUGAGCACUGUACCAACACUACCCUGCGGGUAUGCAGCCGCUGCCCCCCUGGGACUUUUACCAGGCACGAGAAUGGCAUCCAGAAAUGCCAUAACUGUAGUCAACCUUGCAAACAGCCAAUGGUUGAGAAAUUACCCUGUACUGCCUUGACUGACCGGGAAUGCGCUUGCCCAUCUGGCACAUUUCAGUCUAAUGGUACCUGUGUCCCCCACACGGUUUGUCCCGUGGGUUGGGGCGUGCGGAAGAAAGGGACAGAGACUGAAGACGUGCGGUGCAAGCAGUGCCCUCCGGGUUCCUUUUCUGAUGUGCCUUCUAGUGUGAAGAAAUGCAAAACUUACACCAACUGCCUGAGCCAGAACCUGAUGUUGGUAAAGCUGGGGACUAAGGAGACAGACAACGUCUGUGGCCCGCUCCCGUCUUUCCCAGGCACUCUUCCGUCUUUCCCUGACACAGCCAUCUUUGCCAGCCCUGAGCAGGUGGAAUACCAUGAAGUUCCUCCUCCCACUUACAUUCCCAAAGGUAUGAACUCGACGGGAUCCAACUCUUCUGCUUCUGCCAGACCAAAGGUACACAGUGGCAGCCAGGAAUUGGCAGCCUCCAAAAAUGCCACCUUGUCCAGGGAGAUGGGAGGCGUGAACAAGACCUCCCCAAACCUCCAGGUUGUGAACCACCAGCAAAGUCACCACCACCGGCAUAUCCAGUCAGUCCCAAAACCAUUGCCCCCCAUGGAAGCCACGGGAGGAGAGCGGUCUAGCACGCCCAUCAAGGCCCCCAAGAGGGGGUCGCCCAGGCAGAACCUGCACAAACAUUUUGAUAUCAAUGAGCAUUUGCCAUGGAUGAUUGUACUCUUCCUCCUGCUGGUGCUCGUGGUGAUUGUGGUGUGCAGCAUUCGAAAGAGCUCAAGGACUCUAAAGAAAGGCCCCCGGCAGGAUCCCAGCUCCAUUGUGGAGAAAGCUGGGCUGAAGAAAUCUGUAACCCCUACACAAAACAGAGAGAAAUGGGUUUACUACUGUAAUGGGCAUGGUAUUGACAUUUUGAAGCUGGUGGCAGCCCAAGUGGGAAGCCAGUGGAAGGACAUCUAUCAGUUUCUGUGCAAUGCCAGUGAGCGGGAAGUGGCUGCAUUUUCCAAUGGAUACACAGCAGAUCACGAAAGAGCCUAUGCAGCCCUCCAGCAUUGGACCAUACGGGGCCCUGAAGCUAGCCUUGCCCAGUUAAUCAGUGCUCUGCGUCAGCAUCGGAGGAAUGAUGUCGUGGAGAAAAUUCGAGGUCUCAUGGAAGACACAGCUCAGCUGGAAGCUGACAAGCUGGCCCUUCCAUCAAGUCCCACCCCACUCAGUCCCAGCCCUAUCCCUAGCCCCAACCCGAAGUCUGAGAAUGCCACUGUUCUAACUGUGGAACCAUCCCCCAUGGAUAAGAACAAGGGCUUCUUCGUGGAUGAGUCAGAACCCCUUCUCCGUUGUGAUUCCACUUCCAGCGGCUCCUCUGCUCUGAGUAGAAAUGGCUCCUUUAUUACCAAAGAAAAGAAAGAUACAGUGUUGCGGCAGGUACGCUUGGACCCUUGUGACUUGCAGCCGAUCUUUGAUGAUAUGCUCCAUAUCCUGAAUCCAGAGGAACUGCAUGUGAUUGAGGAAAUUCCCCAGGCUGAGGACAAGCUGGACAGGCUGUUUGAGAUUAUUGGAGUCAAAAGCCAGGAAGCCAGCCAGACACUUCUGGACUCUGUUUAUAGCCAUCUUCCUGACCUACUGUAGGACACUGGAGACACUGCAUUCUGGAUUAUUGCUUAGGGCACUUGGUAAAGAUGAUGGACAGUUAAGAGACAGGAUUUUUUUUUUAAUUUUUAAACUACAGUACAGGGCCAGUGUUUUGAGUUCUUUUCUUUUUAUUCCCCUUCUUGGGAAAGGACAAGUUCAUACACACUUUCCAACUGUAACUGCCAGCGCAGUUGUUUUUUUUUUGUUUCAUCUUUUCUCUAUUGAGCAUUUUUGUAUUCUUUCCAAUCAUUUUGUGCACUUUAAAUUCACUUAACUGACCACAAAUAUGAUGUGACCUUCCUCCUCUGCCCCUGCACACUGAAUUUGGGAUGUUGCUGAAGUCUUUUUGUUUGUUUGUUUGUUUUAAACUUCAUGUCAAGUCUCUUCAUUCUCAAUGGGAAGUCUUAUUGCCUCUCUCCCUUCUCCCAUUUCCCUUAAAGUUUUUCUUUUAUAUCAAUAAUUAUUUUUUCUCUGGGGGUAAAGGAAAUUAGAGACUCAAUACCAAGUCAUGCUCAUGUGACCAGUUUUUACUUGAGUUAACUUUUUAAUAUGUCCUGUUAUAUCAUGUGUAUACGUGGCUGACAUUUGACUAGCACUCUCAUUGAUUUACAGCAUUCGCCUGGACAAUACAUAGAAUGUUCGGUUUACUCAUACUCCUUUUAAGUGGAAGCUCUUGUUGGGGAAGGGUCUUUCCUUUGGCCUUUAGGACUUGCAAAUACAGUUGUGUGGCAUCCCAGCCAAAAAGGGGGAGAAUUUUUACCUCACCUCUUCUGGACUGAGCAGUCAUGCGCUGUUGAUGCUGCACUCCGGGAAGUAGGAACCGGAGCCCCAUUGGGACCCCGUCCCCUUUUCCAUAGUCCAGGUUUGCCCAGUUAUGCUUUAUGAAAUGUCUUGAUUUUUUUAUACAUGCAUAGCCAGUAGUUCCAGGUGGUCCUCACAAUCUUGCUUGGUCCUGGUGGUAUCUACCAUCAUGCAAUCACUUUUCUUAAAAUGGCUGCAACUGUAAGAACUCUCGUUCAAUAUAUUUGCAACUCUUAUGCUCCCAUUAUGAACACACACACAUGCCAGGUGCACACAUACGCACACACAGAGUCUGUUACGCUCAGUUGCAAGAAUUGAAUGUGAAGGUGGCCUGGGCCACUUUUGUGUGGAAAGAAUGGUGGGAUGAUGGUGGUGGUGGUGGUGGUGGUGAUGGCGGUGGUGGUCAUAAGGGACUGAUGUGGAAAAUAAAAUGCCUUCAAGUGUACUAAUUUAUUAAUAAAUAUUAGGUGUUUGUUA